AUGCAUGCUUUGUCAGAUUUACUGUCACAGUAUCCAAUCCUCACAAGCCUAAGCUCUUUCAUCUCGACUCUAGAUCUCCAUCACCUUGCCACGGCCAGCCAAGCGUGCCGCUUGCCCAUUGAGCGGAACUUUGACACGUUAAAGCGGAACUGCCUGUGCGACGGCCGAGGUCUAGCUUUACGACACAACUUCUCCGGACCUUACAGCAUAAUUCCAGGAGCGUAUACCUGGGGAAAUACGCGGAAACUGUGGCAGGACGAGCCGAUUGAAGUGCGACUCUGGAAGACGGUCUGCGAUUCGACUAACGCUCUUCCAUGUCAGAAGUGCAAUGUCGGCAUUUGCGAGGAAUGCCGCUAUUAUCCUCGUGAGGAACCUCGUUCACACUAUCCAAAGCGCCGGCCGCAUCUGAACUCGUCGUUUGAGAGCGAGAACAUUAUUUGCCUCUGUCCGAAAUGCGACGCCGAGGUCGAGCAGGAGCUUCAAGGUCGGUACCUCAACGUGCUGUGUGAUUGCGAUGUAUACAAGCGCUGGGUCUGUUGGAAAUGCGUGCGGGAAGAGCAAAAUUUCUCUGGUCAUUACUAUCACGAUCACACGGUUCUGGAUGCCGAUUCUGAUGAGACUAAAUCUGUGCAUGACCAUCAAUUUACCCGAGAUGUGCGAUGUCAACUACCUCCUGAUCUGGGAUUGACAUGCUAA